AUGGCUGCUGUCGACGGAACAGCAACUACCACAUUUCACCCACCCAGGGUUACCCUCCGAGCACCCAGCUCGCUCUUCCACCACGAGCUGGUGACGAAAGACUUUGGACUUCUACAGUUUCAUGCCGCUGCCGCUUUGCAGUUGCAGUUCGGCACACAGCGUCAUGAACUAGUUGCAACUUCGGACGAUCGCUUGAUUGCAUCACCAUAUAACGACCCUGGGAAUCUACUCGACUUGAAGCGUCUGGAGACACCUUAUCAGCUGCUCGCAAAAGCUUUCACCAUCUUCAAGCCCAUCCGUGACGACUAUGCGACAGCGCCUUACGUUGAAUCGUUCAACUGGCAGGCGGUCGUUGAUUUCUUGCGUGAUCUUUCAGUAGCUGAAGGCUACCAAUGGAAAAGACAACGAUUUUAUGUCGUCUCAUUCCGGUCCACUCUGAAACCCGUCAUCGAUAACCAGCGACUGCACGAUCUAGACUACCACUCUCACCAGGAAGCCAUGGCUAGUGGUGGCUUGUUGAAGUAUUGGUUCGGUGCCAAAAGUGAGAAGCACCAGAACCUGGCAACUUGCGUCUGGAGAAGCAGAGAAGAUGCACGAGCAGGUGGCACCGGUCCAUGGCACAAACAGGCGCGCGCUGCCGCGGGAGUCAUGUACGACAGCAUAGUCUUCAAGACACUCGCUUUGAUUAUUGAGGACGAUGCAUCUUCUUGGGAGAUUACCGACUGGAUAGACGAAGAUGCGUGA